UGCAGUCUGCAGGGAGUGGCACAUCUUUAGGGGAGGCAUGAGAAAAGGCUGGAUUCUUCUGUGAGCGCAGGAGAAAGCUCGUGCAGGCUCCAGCCUCCUCUUUGGUCCCCCAUGGCGUACGCGGCGUACUGGAUGAGCCUUCAAGGAAGAGCAGCUGCUCCUCAUCUUGAAGUCCAUCACAAUAGCAAAUCUUCGCUCUAUCCCUCUGCAGUGUCUCUUUAUGGCAAGUCGCAGUCAAGCCAGUCAACACCCAAACCGGCACCUCAGGUCUCUGCUGGGAACACUGCACAGUUUGAGAAGGCACCUUCUGGAUCCACCAUGACCUCAAAGCCCGGAGUGGUUACCACAGCAGCAGCAGGCGGGGCCGCGGGGAGCGGCGUGUCAGCAGGAGCCGCUGCUAAAGCUGGAACCGCAGGAAAGGAUUCGCCUAAAGCCAAAGCAGAGGCGUCUCCGGUCUCCCAAGUCAAAGCCACAGUCCACGCUCCUGCUGCUGGAACAGCUGCCACCACUGCAGAGACCAAACCCAAAGACACAGCCAAGAGCACAACUGCGACCGCGACAGUCAAAGCCCAGGCACCUAAAGCCGAUGCCGGUGUAACGUCUAAGCCAGCUGCAGCUACAGCAGCUGUAGCUGGAAAGGUUUCAGCACCAGCACAGAAAGAGGACACUAAGGCAGCCCAGACAAAGGUGCAGGUGGAAGUUCCUCCCUCGACAGCAAAAGCGACAGCAGCCAAACAGGCCCCUGCUGCGGAUCCGCUUGAUACCCUGGCCCUCACGCUGCCGUCAGCUGAUUCUGUCGCACCCUCACAGCCUGCUUACACGGGGCCAGAGGUGGUAGAGCAUGUAGUCACCUUUGAGACAGUCCAGAAGUGCGGCGACAGGGACGACACGCUGCCUCCGCAAUACAGACGGGCAGACACGACACCCGCCCCUGCAGAUGUGAAACCCAAGGAUGUUUCUAAACCGCUGAGCACGGAUGAGGCGCUGACAUCCCUUUCUUCGGGUUUCACGACAUCCACUGUUCCAGCUGCGCCCAAGAAGCAGGAGCUGCUUUCUCUCUGGAGGCCGGACUGGAUAGCAAAGUCGGCCCCCAGCUCAAGUCCGACAAGGGUGACUCUGUCCCUGCAGAUGCUCUCAGUGCUCUCGACAACUUGCUGGGACCGGCUGAACCAAAACCCGAAUCUCCCAAACUCAGACCGGAAGAACUGGUUAUGGAGACAAACAUCAAGCCUGAGGUGGGUGUUCGUGUAGGAGAGAGGGAGGAUUCUCUCCCUCCAAAUUACAGGUUUAAAAAGGAGGAGCUAAAGAAUCUGCCUGCUCCUAAACCUGAGCCCACCAUUGGGACCGGUGACGCUCUGGACUUCCUGUCUGAAGGCUUCACAGCCUCGUCAGCAGCACCUAAAGUCCAGGCUCCGCUGGUCACGCCUUCAGCUGCUCCUGCACAGAAAGCUCCUCCGCCUCCUGCUGGGAAGAAAGCCCAGACUGGAAAAGCUGCUGGUGAUUUUACUCUGGAAGCUGCUGUGUCUGCUGGCAGUGCCCAGAAAGUGGAGUCCUCUGGUGUUCCUCCUGUGGCUGGGAAGAAGCCCACAGCAGGGACCGCUGGUGCUGUGGCUGCACCAAAGGCUGACCAGGGCGACCCCAUGUCUCUGGAUGCUCUUAGUGCUCUUGUUGACACGCUGCCAGAAGAAAAACCCAAAGCAGAAUCUCCCAAACUCAAGCCAGAGGAAAUGGUUUCGGAAGGCAACGUUAAGCAGGAAAAAGGUGUGCGAGUGGGAGAGAGGGAGGACACACUUCCCCCAGGCUAUAGGAUUAACGAAGAGGAGCUCAAAAAACUGCCUGCUCCAAAACCUGAGCCCACCAUUGGGACCGGCGAUGCUCUGGACUUCCUGUCUGAAGGCUUCACGUCCUCCUCAGCAGCACCUAAAGUCCAGGCUCCGCUGGUCACACCUUCAGCUGCUCCGGCACAGAAAGCUCCUCCGCCUCCUGCUGGGAAGAAAGCUCAGACUGGAAAACCUGCUGGUGAUUUUACUCUGGAAGCUGCUGUGUCUGCUGGCAGUGCCCAGAAAGUGGAGUCCUCUGGUGUUCCUCCUGUGGCUGGGAAGAAGCCCACAGCAGGGACCGCUGGUGCUGUGGCUGCACCCAAGGCUGUCCAGGGCGACCCCAUGUCUCUGGAUGCUCUUAGUGCUCUUGUUGACACGCUGCCAGAAGAAAAACCCAAAGCAGAAUCUCCCAAACUCAAGCCAGAGGAAAUUGUUUCGGAAGGCAACGUUAAGCAGGAAAAAGGUGUGCGAGUGGGAGAGAGGGAGGACACACUUCCCCCAGGCUAUAGGUUUAACGAAGAGGAGCUCAAAAAACUGCCUGCUCCAAAACCUGAGCCCACCAUUGGGACCGGCGAUGCUCUGGACUUCCUGUCUGAAGGCUUCACAUCCUCCUCCUCAGCUGCUACUGUCCAGUCUUCAGUUCUGAAACCCUCAGCGCCUCCAGAUCCGACAAAAGUGGAGGAUUUGGCAGCUUUGGAUGUUCUUGAUUUUGUAGCUCCAUCUAAAGCUUCUGGAGUCCAAGCGCCCGCUCCUCCUCCCACAAAGAAAUCUCCAGAGAAGACGGUUUGUCCAGUGGAGCAAAAGCCCCAGGUUAUCAAAAUGAAACCUGAAACUCUAAAGGGGGACUCCCUCUCUCUGGACGCUCUCAGUGCUCUUAGCGACACGCUGCCACAGGACAAACCCAAGCCCGAAUCCCCCAAACUCCGGCCGGAGGACAUUGUCUCGGUGGGCAAAGUGGAGAAAGAGGAGGGUGUGCGUGUGGGCGACAGAGACGACACGCUGCCUCCGGACUACAGGUUUAACAAGGAGGAGCUGGAGAAACUGCCUGCUCCCAAACCCGAGCCCACCAUGGGAACCAGUGAGGCUCUGGACAUUUUGUCGGACUUCAUGACCUCCUCUCCAGCUCCUGUCAGCCAGGCUCCUGUCGGCGCCCCGUCGGCCCCUCCGGCGCAGCCGGGUGACGCCGCCCUGGAUGCCUUGGCGGGAGACUUCGUCGCCUCCUCUGCAGCUCCGUCCGUCAAGUCUGCCCCUUGUGUUCCAACCCCUUGUGCUAUCUAUACCGACAUGCCGCUGCCAGCAGAAGCGGACAACGCCCUCGAUCUUCUAUCCGACUCUUUAAAGGAUAUCACCCCUGCGCCGCAGCCCGCCCCGCUUCCUGCCAAAGACGUUGUCAAGGAGAAAAAGCUUGUCGAAGAGAAGUUGAUCAAGAUGGGAGAAAGGGACGACUCUCUGCCUCCGGAGUAUCGGCCGACUGAGGAAGAACUCAAGAAACGACCAAUGGACAAAGCAGCAGCAAAACCAGAGAAGGCUAUGGAUGACCAGGCGGCCUUGGACCUGCUGUCUGGGGACUUCUCUGCAGCUCCUCCUGUACCGGUCGUCACUUCCACAGCAAAGCUGGAGCCCCCUGUGCUGGACUCAGAGCCGCUGAAGCCAAUGGCUGGUCCUGUUUUGGACUCCCUGGCUGAUACGCUGAUCCAAGCUGACCCAAAACCCAAGUCUAAAACCGACAAGCCGAAGGGCAAGAGCAAGUCCAAGUCUAAGGCUAAAAAACAAGAGACACAAGCUGCCGCGGGAACAUCUGCCGCUGACAUGCUCUCGGCUCAGCUGAGCUCGGAUGUCGUGGCCACAUCUACGACAAAGGGAAGCAAGAGCUAGUUCACUUGCUAAGGUGGCGAAUGUAAUUCCUUCUCCAGGCCACGGGGAUGCAUCGUGAGGGGAGCUGCUUUUGGAUACUGAUUCUAUUUUUCUAACCCAUCAAGAAUGUAUAGUAGUUUGACCGACAGACUUAGCACACAACCUUGAAACACUUACUCAUAAAACACACACAUACAAACGUGUCUGCGAGCACCCAACUUCUUUCUAAAUUUUCCAUCCAAAGAUGGCAAACCCUUGGUUUCUGUCUUUGAAAAACAAAAAAAAAAUGAACUGAAAAGACUUUUCACAUAAAAAAAAUGGGGUCUAACGAGAUAAGAGACAAAGAAAGAAAGGAUGAAGAAAGACUGUGUGGAAAAAAAAACAACCUUUAACCUUAAAGUCCUGCAUCUCAGCUGGUGUGACACCUGAGCACCACGGUGCAACGGUUGCGCAAGCUUAGACCGUGUGGGAGCACUACGGAGUGAGUGUUUUGUGUUGGGAUGUAUGUGCAAUCUUGAUGUACACAGGAAAAAAAAAAAAAAGCCAAGUUUUCUAUCAAGUUGUGGUUAUAUGCCAUGGAGACACUAGUGUACAGCUUUGUGUGCGUAUGUUUUAAACAGUGCAUCGUUUACGUGAUCAUGUGGAGGAUUUCCAGGAGGUGUUGAGCUUAUUUCUGUAUCUCUUUUUUGCAAAUGCUUCAUUUGUUUUCUGCAGAGACAUAGCUGUAUAGAGAAGGGUCUUUUGGUAUGUUUCCUUAUUUUGAAAAAAAAAAGAAGAAAAGAAAUCAACCCUUCUUGGCAUUCACAAGUGUACUUAGCGAACUGAUACGUUUACGAGAUCUGUGAAGUGCUAUCGUUUCUAUGCUGUAAAAAAAAAAAAAAAAAGUUUUUCUUCUCUUUUAAGAUGAACACUGUAUAAUAUACAGAGGGUUGCUUUCUUUUUCUAACCAAAAAAAAUCAUAUUAAAGAAAAUGUAAACCUAGAACCAUUACGUUUGCCAUCCUUUGUGCCAAAUAAAUUAAUUUAAGCCAAAGUAAAAUGCCUUACCGUUUGAGAAUCGCUGUAGACGGAAGAAAUGGGAAGUGUGUAUAAAAGCAAUAUGGAAGACAAUCUAUAAAUAUUGCUCUCUUUUCCUAAUUUUCGGGUUUUUCUGCAUGCUGUUGAAGCAUCCGGCUUCUUUUUGACUUCAGGGGGUCUUGAAGUGAAUGUCUUUUGGAUCUAAUAUUGUAAUUUCGCCCAAGGUUCUCUGAAUGAGUGACACAGAUCCUAAGGAGUUGGUUUUUAUCUGUGGAAAAUUUAGUGUGGGAGAAUAAACAAAAGGAGACAAAUACACCACCACAA